AUGCCAUACCUUUUGGGGUGUAUAGACUUCAAACAAAAGAUAGUCAACCUCGAUGGAGUCCCAAUCAAACUACAGAUAUGGGACACGGCCGGAGAGGAGAGGUUUCGGACCCUGACAACGGCGUACUACCGAGGUGCCCAAGGAAUUGUCCUCGUCUACGAUGUGACAAAUCUUGACUCAUUUAACCACUUGUCCUACUGGUUAAGAAAUAUAGAAGAGAAUGCUUCCCCCGAGGUCGUGAAGGUGUUAGCAGGCAACAAGUGCGAGGUGAGCAGCCAACAGCGAGCAGUCGAGAAGGAGAGAGGACAAAAGUUGGCGGAGAGUUUUGACAUGCCGUUCUACGAAGUGUCAUGUCGCGGAGAUGUCAACGUUCAGGACACAUUCCUCACCCUCGCCCGACUCAUCCGAGACCUGCGACAAAGACGAGCGAGUUUGUUUGAAGAGCGUGAGCGACAGAGUGAUGGUGUGAAGUUAGAUGCAGAACAGAAAGCUGAGAACAGCACCUCAGCCUGUGGUUCUUGCUGAAACCUCAGUGAAGCCUCAACAGACAUCAGCCCUUAUACAUCAUGCUCAGACAACCAUUUCCGCUAGUCACGUUCUGAAUUCUUCCCAUGUCUGCCAUGCAGUUAUCAGACUAAAAAACUCUUGAGAACUUGCCUUCAGUACCACUUAAAAAAACAUCUCCAAUAAAUGCUUCACUGAUAAACUCCGAAUAUAUAUUGUAAUUCUGUCAAUAGCAUUUGUAUACUAAGAUUUGCUAGAAUACAGGUGCUAUUUGCAGUUGCAAUAAUGUCACAUAUUUAGCUGAGUUAUCAACACCUGUUUAUAUUUAGCUGUGAUACCAACACCUAUAUGCAUUUAGCUGAGUUGUCAGCAAUUACAUGUCAGCAACACCUGUGCAUAGGUAGUUUGCCCCUCCCCCCCAAUAGAUGAUACUAUAUGUUCUUUGUGUGAACUCUUAUAUUUUUUAUUCACACUUUCAUUUAAUCAAAAAAUAACAGUGAAAAAUUUAACAUAGUAAGGUGAUCAGGUGGAAAUAGUAUGUAUUUGGUGAUUAGUUCCCUAGACAUAUUUCUCGGUUUUGAAAAAAAAAUGUAGACUUAUUAAUUUUGAAAUAGUGUUAGGACAAUGCAGUAUUUACCUGUUAGUAUUAUAUAUAUUUUUUUCUUUUUGACUACCACUGUGUUAUGCUUAGUUUACUGCAAUGCAGAAUUCGUUGCUGGAAGUAUUUCUUCAAAGAUGCACUAGACAGGACAUGGUUAGUAUGCGUCAUUCAUAGGUAUUGAAGAAUGGGAACAUGUAUGCUAAGGAAGGGUUGAGAAAUACCUAGGUAAGCCUUGUUUUAAAUAGGUGAUAAUUUUAAUGCAGCUGAUAC